GGGCGUUUCUGCCCUGUUUACUACUAGGCCUCCGCCACCGGUCAGAGCCCAGCCUCCCGCACCGCAAAGCUUCCUGGAAAUGUCCUCAUUAUCACUUCCCCUGCAGGGCUGGGGGCUGGGAGCGGGCAGUCCCCUCCGCCCCCGGCUCGGGCCGCUCCCGCCUGCUCCGUUGCGCAGCAGUCCUUGGAGAGCGGCUGCCCGGGCUGGCGGCUCCCACACGCGCGGCCCGCGCUCCGGCUCCCAGCCGCUUCGCCAUGAGGGUCCCGGGUGGGCGCUGCGGGGCGCUGCUGCCCUGCCUCGCCUUCGUGAUCGUCGUCUCCGAGGCCAACUUUUUAUCCAGGCAGGAUGCUUCCCAAGUCCUAGUUAGGAAACGUCGUGCAAACUCUAUGUUGGAAGAAGCCAGAGAGGGCAACCUUGAAAGAGAAUGCAUUGAAGAAAUUUGUAAUAAAGAAGAAGCCAGAGAAAUCUUUGAAAAUCAUCCUGAAACAGAUUAUUUUUAUCCAAAUUACUUAGUUUGUCUUGGCUCCUUCAGAGCUGGAUUGUCCAACAAAGAACUUUCGAAAAAAGCUGUUGCUACUGAACUAAGGAACUGUGUCAAUGCCAUUCCUGACCAGUGCAAUCCAAUGCCGUGCAGUGAAGAUGGAUAUAUGAAGUGCAAAGAUGGCUUAGCUACAUUCACUUGCAUUUGUAAGCCUGGCUGGCAAGGAGAGCUGUGUGACUUUGAUAUAAAUGAAUGCAAAGAUCCCUCAAAUAUCAAUGGAGGUUGUGAACAGAUUUGUGAUAAUACACCUGGAAGUUACCAAUGUUCCUGUAGAAGUGGUUUUCUUAUGCUUUCAAAUCAAAAAGGAUGUAGAGAUGUGGAUGAAUGCUUUUUAAAGCCAGACAUUUGUGGCACAGCUGUGUGCAGAAACUUCCCAGGAGGCUUCGAAUGUGAAUGUGCUGAAGGCUACAGAUACAGUCCCAAAUCAAAAACGUGUGAAGAUGUGGAUGAAUGCUCAGAGAACAUAUGUUCUCAACUAUGCGUCAAUUAUCCAGGAAGUUACUCUUGUUCUUGUGAUGGGAAGAAAGGAUUCAAACUUGCUCAAGAUCAGAAGAGUUGUGAGGAUAUUCCAGUAUGCCUUUCUUUGAAUCUUGAAAAAAAUUAUGAAUUACUUUAUCUGGCAGAGCAUUUUUCAGCGGUUGUUUUAUACUUAAAGUUUCGUUUGCCAGAAACCACCAGGUUUUCUGCUGAAUUUGAUUUCCGCACAUAUGAUUCAGAAGGUGUUAUCCUAUAUGCAGAAUCUCUAGAUCGGUCUUCUUGGUUCCUGAUUGCACUUCGUGAUGGAAUGAUUGAAAUUCAAUUUAAGAAUGAGUAUUCUACCCAAAUCACAUCUGGAGGCAAAGUUAUUAAUAAUGGUCUAUGGACUAUAGUCUCUGUGGAAGAAGUAGAACACAGUAUAAGUGUUAAAGUAGCUAAGGAACCUGUGAUGAAUAUAAUUAAGCCUAAUACUCUUUUUAAGCCUUCAUAUGGCUUUCUAGAAAUCAAAGUAUAUUUUGCAGGAUUACCUCACAGAAUGGAGAAUGCACUCAUUAGACCGAUUAAUCCUCGUCUAGAUGGAUGUAUACGAGGCUGGAAUUUGCUAAACCAAGGAGCUUCAGGAGUUAAGGAAAUUAUUCAAGAAAAACAAACUAAGCAUUGUCUUCUCACUGUGGAGAAGGGCUCCUACUAUCCUGGUUCUGGAGUUGCUCAAUUUAACAUAGAUUAUAAUAACGCAUCCAAAGCUGAGGCUUGGCAACUGAAUGUCACCUUGAAUAUUCGUCCAUCUGCUGGCACUGGUGUUCUGUUUGCCUUGAUAUCUGGUAACACAGUACCCUUUGCCUUGUCCUUGGUGGAUUCCACCUCUGAAAAUUUUCAGGAUAUCCUGGUGUCUGUUGGAAAUACUGUAAUAUCUCGGCUAGAGGCUGUAAAUCUGUGUUCCGGUCAAAAUACAAAUCUGGAAUUCAAAGUCAACAGAAACAGCCUAGAGCUCUGGACUGUUCAUAGAAAAGAUCUUCUCUACUCUGAAGACCUUUCAAAACAACUUGCCAUCUUGGACAAAGCCAUGAAAGGAACAGUGACCACUUACCUAGGUGGCAUCCCAGAUAUUCCAUUCAAUUCCACACCGGUCAAUGCCUUUUAUAAUGGCUGCAUGGAAGUGAACAUCAAUGGUCUACAGCUAGACCUGGACGAAGCCGUUUUCAAACAUAAUGAUAUAAGAGCUCACUCAUGUCCAGCAGUUCUGAAAAACACACAUAAUUCUUAAGGCAUCUCUUCUGCUAAUAAUACCUUAUUCCUAUUGUAAUUAAACUGAUAUUUCAAUAAUAGCUGCAGGGCUUGUGAUGUGCAAAUUUAAUUAUUUUGUGGUUCUUUCACCAUUUUGGAACUUAAAAAACAGUCCCUUUUCAAGAAAAUAAGAUGGCUGGAGAGAAAUUAAACAAUGAAACAAAUUAUAAUUUGAAUUUUAUGAAAAGUAAUUUUUUAAAUUUUCACUUCUACAAAAGUGAAAUGUAAUUUUUAUCAGUUUUAACUAGUGUUUUAAUACCUAUUUUACUGAGAAAACAAAACAGGAAAUCCAAACAAAGUGCAUAUAACUAACAUUAUUGAUAAGAACUGAUACUAUUUUUUUACAUAUUUUUUAAUGACAGAAAAAUAGACAAAAUUGAAGGCUUGCUACUAUGAAUUAAGUUUAGACCUUAAAUAUUAUUACAACAAUUUCUUGGGGACCCAAAUUUGACCUAUUGUUUUUCUCUUCACUUCACAUUCAAAGCAGUUGCGUGACUUAAAUUUGAAAACAAGUAGAAAAAUUUUCAUGAGAGCAUUCCUCAACUCUUGCUGGUUUAUAAUUGGAGUUCCUGGGGAUGGGAUACUAGAUUGUAUUGGAAUAUGUGCAGAAACCUAGGCUGGGAACAUGUCUAAAAUGUGGUCUAUGCAUCACACAAAAACAAGUUACAAAAGACAAUACCUAAUAAUGAAAAGGUGAGUAAAUAGUAAUAGAAGUUCAGUGGAGUUCAUGCCCAAUUCAAUCAGCUUAAUCAAUGGCUGAAUAAAUAGCACUACUACUACAAACACACAAAAAAUAGAAAUUCAUAUUUUUUCUUAAGUCCAACUUUAAUUACCAGGGUAGGCUGCAAGAAUGUGACUGUUGAAGGAUAAAGGAAUUAUGAAAGAUAGAACAGUUUGCAAUAAAAGGAUACCCAUAAUGGGACGGUUAAUAUUAUGUGUUUUAAUGAAGGAGCUAAGAUUACCCUUCACUUGCUGAAAUGAAUUUGCAAGUCAUAUCACCUUCAAACAAAUCAUUCACAGAAGGAAUCCAUUAGAUGUUUCAUUGCCUAUUAAAAUAAUAUUUUUUCUAAUAUAAGAUUUUUAUAUAUUGUAAAAGAUAAUAAAUUGGCACAUACUUAAAAUUUGUAUGAAUAAUGUCUAUAUUCUAGCAACAUUUUGAGCAGCAUAAAAUUACAUAAUUUAUAUGCAAUCAUAUAUCACAGAUCUUUAGUUAAAAUGAUAAAGCUCAUUUACAUUAUUAUAUCUGGGUUAUAGAAUGUAGUUCAUUAAAGGAAUAAAAGCAAAAGUAACAUGAAUUGAGUGUUUGACGUAUGAGAUAAAUUAUGCUAGGUUAUCUUUCUGAAUAAAACCUCUCCAAAUUACAAGCAUAGGUGAUGAAUUUCAGCAAGCAGUAAAAAAAGAAAAAAAGGAAGAAAAGACAAAGUGAAUUUUCUUUAAGGAGGAGUUCUAUGAUACCAUUUAAUUUUCCCACUCUAUUUCAACUUCCAUCAGAAUCAGAAAGCUUUCAACAUUCCGUGAUCCUCAUAGAGGCCCCAGAGACUUUAAAUUUUAUUAACUGUCCUUGAAAAAUGCUUGAAGGAGCUGGAGUGAUAGCACAGUGAAUAGGGCAUUUGCCUUGCACGCGGCCUACUUGGGUUGGAUUUCCAGCCUCCCAUAUGGUCCCCCGAGCUCCAGGAGUAAUUCCUGAAUGCAGAGCCAAGAGCAACCCCUGUGCAUCACUGAGUGUGGCCCAAAAAGCAAAAAAUAAAAAUAAAAAUGCUUGAAUAAGACAGAUACUAACUCCAUUGGCUAUCCUUUAAGUCCUGAUGCAGUACAGUGUUUUCAGAUGACUUUACAUAAAGAUCUUAUUUCAUCAUAGUCCUUAAAAACCUCCUUGGUUGGACCUGGAGAGAUAGCACAGCUGAUAGGCCAUUUCCCUUGCAUGCAGCCGACCAGGGUUGGAUUCCCAGCAUCCCAUAUGUUCCCCUGAGCACUGCCAGGAGUGGUUCCUGAGUGCAGAGCCAGGAGUAAGCCCUGAGCAUUGCCAGGUAUGACCCAAAAAGAAAAAGAAAUAAAUAAAACCUUUGUUUCCUAAUGAUUAUUUUAGAAAGUAAUGUUUAUCAAUCUUUUUAUGACCGUGGCCCCUUCUCAUCUUGUUUUUUUUCCCAUGGCCCGAUAUUUCCUAGUUUAAGACCCCAAUCCUAUCUAUUGGAACCCUAGUAUCAUGCUAUGGCCUCUCAUUUAUGCUUUUCACUUGUGGAAUAUUCUUUUGGAAUAUAUUGGGGAUAUAAUUCCAAAAUAUACAGAUAGGUUACGUGCGCCCUCCCCCCAUUGAGAAAAGUUGGCCUAGAGUACAUAUUAUGAACCCUGAAUUUUAUUAUAAAAUGAGUAGAUGUCAAUCCAAGAUGCUUGUUAGACCACCAAAAAUUCUCCUGUUACUAUAGUAACAACCAUAUUUCACCCUCUCUGAGUAGCCCUCCAAAAUACACUCCUUCUGUACCUGUUUGUCUUCAUAAUCCUAUAAUUGCACACUAACACAUGGACAUGCACAGGACAGACGAAUAAAACACUAAGUAAAAUAAUAGGAGAAUGAGUCAGAGAGGAGCAAGGUGUGUGUUGUAUAAAUAAAAUUAGGAGAUGAGAAGAGGACAAUGUAGAAAUAAAACGAAGAUAAUAUUUGGAGAUGCAGUGGAAUAUUUAUUAAGAUGAAUAAUAGAGGAAAGAAAAGAAAAUACAUAAAAUAGUUUAGGUGAAGAUAAUUAUAGAGAAAAAGGUGUUUUCCUGUAAAAUUUGAAAUAAGAGUUCAGAGGAAUCGUUUAAGAUUCAUGACAAGAUUAAAGAGAGAUAAUGAAUUGAGAUAGAAAAGCAAGGUUAAAAAAUAGCACUGUAGCACCGUCCUCCUGUUGUUCAUCAGUUUGCUUGGGUGGGCACCAGUAACGUCUCCAGGGUGAGACAUGUUACUGUUUUUGGCAUUUCGAAUAUGUCACGGGUAGCCUGCCAGGCUUUGCCGUGCGGGCAGGAUACUCUCGGUAGCUUGCAAGACUCUCAGAGAGGGACGGAAGAAUUGAACCUGGGUCGGCCAUGUGCAAGGCAAACACCCUAGAAACAGAAGAAAAUUCAGUGAAAAUAGACAAAAAUGAUGAAAACAAGGUGCACCUAAGAGGGGAGAGAAAUGGAAACCUAGUAGAAAUGAAAGAGUUGAUUUCAUACUUUGAGGAAUCCGUGGUAGAUUCCCCUUCUAGAAAUGUAUUCUAUUUCUAAUUUGUGAAUGUAUUUCCAGCAGAAGUAGACAUUUUAUUACUGUUUAUUAAAAAAAAACAGAAAUGGAAGGGUAGAGGGAACAUAUGCUGAAAGAAAGAGAGACAAACAUUUAAAAAAUAUUUGGGAAAGAAAGUAGCAACAAAAAGAAAAUAGAAAUAUGGGGGUAAUCAAAGACUAAUGAGAGAUUAUGGGAAAAGAGUAAUUUAGACUGAGAAAAAGAAAAGAAGAAAUAAAUACAGAGUGUAGCAAAUAGAAAAGAGGGUGGUCAACGAAUAUUUCCAAGUUGAGAAUUGUAAUCAUAAGACAGUGUAAAAAUGAUGAUCCAUUUCCAGAAGGUGGAGCUCUUAGCUAUAAGAGUUUCUUCUAUGAUUUCUCUUUAAUCAUGGUUUCCUUAAUCAUGGAAUCCUUAACCAUUGAUUCUUGAAGUUGAAUAGGAAUGGUGACUGCAACAUUCUGCCAAGAAGGAUGGAAGAUCUUGCAAACACUACUGCUUUGAAAUCUUUCUGCAUUAUUCUGACCUAUGGGCUCUGUUUACACAAAAGGGAACUGUCACUGAUUAUAUUCUAGGGAAAUUCUGAAGGUUUUCUUGAACAUGGCACAUGGUUAAUACUGGAGCUAAAGCUGUGAAAACUUCUUAGCCUACAACUGCUCGUGGAUUAUUAUGCAUAAUAACAUUUAAAAAAUAUUUGGGAAGGAAAGUAGCAACAAAAAGAAAAUAGAAAUAUGGGGGUAAUCAAAGACUAAUGAGAGAUUAUGGGAAAAGAGUAAUUUAGACUGAGAAAAAGAAAUUUUUUUUUUUUGGUUUCUCUUUUUUUAAUUGACAGGAAUGUUUAGUCACUGCUACUGAGGGGCACACGAAAGCAGAAUCAUACAACGCACGGUGGCUGCGCUCGGCUCCCCGUACCGCUGGCCCGGGGGAGGGGGGGUCACAAUCAAGGACCCUCCAAGCCCACAGAGUCCCUUCAGUGUGA